GAAUGAAAAUAUAACCAAGAGGAUUUUUCAGUUAAGGUUGAUGAUUGUAUAUGAAAGGAGAUUACACUCAACAUUGAUAUUUUAAUGUUUUAAAAUUAGUCUGAUGCAUAACUAAAAAAAUGAGAUGUCCUUUUUUGGGAAUAAAGCUAUUUCCUUCUCUCAUCUUGUCUUCAGCAGAUGACAUCAAGCAGGUCCGUGGGAAGGAAUGGAAACCACACCUCCGUGGCCAUGUUUGUUCUCCUGGGACUCUCAGAUGAAAAGGAGCUGCAGCUCAUUCUCUUUCCAAUAUUCCUAGGGAUCUACCUUGUGACUCUCAUCUGGAACCUGGGUCUCAUCUUUCUAAUUAGAAUGGACUUCCACCUGCACACACCCAUGUACUUUUUUCUCAGUUUUCUGUCAUUUAUAGACAUCUGUUAUUCUUCUUCCAUCAGCCCGAGGAUGCUUUCAGACUUCCUGAAAAAUGAAAAAAUGAUUUCCUUCUUUGCCUGUGCCACUCAGUAUUUUGUUGCAGCCUGGAUGGCUCUGGCUGAGUGCUGCCUAUUGGCCACCAUGGCCUAUGACUGGUAUGUGGCUAUUGGCAGCCCACUACAAUACUCAGCCAUUAUGGUACCUGGCCUCUGUGGGAAGAUGGUUGCUGGGGCCUAUGUGAAUGGUUUCCUUAGUAGUUUAUCUCAAACAGUCUCUUGCUUUCAACUUUACUACUGUGGGCCAAAUAUCAUUCAACAUUUCUUCUGUGACUUGCCUCAGAUUAUUUCCUUGUCUUGCUCCAAUCCCUUCGUUGCCCAAAUGACUCUUCUCCUGGUAGCUAUCGUUGUUGGAUUUGGUUCUUUGUUUGUUAUCCUCUUAUCCUAUGGUUUCAUCCUAGCUUCCAUCCUGAAAAUAUCCUCAGGCAAAGGUAGUGCCAAGGCCUUCAAUACCUGUGCCUCCCACCUGGCAACUGUGUCACUCUAUUAUGGCACAGCCCUGUCUGUGUACUUAUGUCCCAAGUCUAAUCAGUCCAUGAAUCAGGACAAGGUGCUAUCAGUGUUCUAUGUCAUCACCAUUCCCAUUUUUAAACCUCUGAUAUAUUGUCUGAGGAACAAUGAGAUCAAAGAGGCCCUCAAGAGGCUUAUAAAGAGAGCAACAGCCUUAUGUCAGUCAGAAUAA